CGUCAGAAUUUCAAGUUUUUACAACAAAAAUAUUGUAAAAACUAUUAAUACAAUGCAUGUCAACGUAAUUUACAAAGCUGGAGUCUUGUUCUGAUUUAGAAUCAAUGAAUUUAUUUAUGAGUUCCUCUAAAGAACACUCACUAUGUCCACAAAUCCUCCCUGUAUAAUUGCAGCCAAUGAACAACUCUUGCCGAAUAGUAAUGAUGAAAGUCUCACUAUGUCCACAGAUCCUCCCAAACAAUCACACUGUGUAAUUGCUGACGGUAAGCAACAACUGCUUUCGGAUAGCAAUAAUACCAAAAUUGACAAAAAACCCAUUACUGCAAAAAAGUAUCGUCGUCGCAAAGUAUCAAAUGAUGUUUGUGUUGCAAAGGAAUAUUUGCAAAAAAUGUCCGUACGCGGUAUGGACUCCGGUCAAUAUAAACUGACUGUCGAUGGGAUUACGCGCUGCUUGGUAUGUGCCCAAAACGGUAUUGAGAAAUCAUUCACAAGUCAAUAUAGCUUCCAAAGACAUGCCUAUUUGCUGCACAGUGGAAUUCGUAAAAUAUUCGCUUGUCCCAUAUGUAAUGCUGAGUUUUCCAGGCCGGAUAAAAUGAAAUACCAUAAAAGAACAAAACAUGGCGUGGAAGCUGUAGAGAAUCAGAUUAAUGGUGAACCUUGCACUGAAAAGGAGAAUAGUCAACCAAAAGAAAAUACAACGAAAAAUCAAACCCAAGCCAGUAUUAAAAAGGAGGAAUAUAAGCUGCCGCAAGUUGUAUUUAAUAGUACCUUAACAUUGGCUGAUGGUAGCCAACUGCAGGUGUCAGUACCAAAUGUAUUGACAAGUAAUGAUUCCGCAAGCAUAGCUAUUAAGGAAGAAUUCCUAGAGUCUUCUGUAACAGAUGAACCUCAGUUACAAUAUACCACUUUGGCAAAUGUAGCUUUUCCUCCCACACAAGCUGUUGCGGAAGAUACAUCACAAAAUUAUCAAAUUAUUGGCUCUACUGCUGCUGCUGCUACAGAUCAUAAAGAAGUCCUUGGUAAUUUGAAUCCAUGUACCAUUAAUCAAGCUCCAUGCUAUAUGACUAUUAUUCACGAGCACCAAAGUUUGACAAAUAAUUUUCAGCCAUCUUCAUUCCAAUUACAAUCGAUUAAGAUUGAAGAUGAUGCGCCAGGAUCUGUGGCUGCAAAUUUAGAAGAGUUCAUAAAAAUUCCAGCUCUACCUCAAUUGCAAACAAUUAAAACCGAAGAUGUUUCGAUUCUACCCAAUGUCAAUGGAAUAAAUCUACCAAAUGGUUGCUUACAAGCUAUACAAGUGGGUAGCUUACAACAUAAUGCAAAUUUGGGAACAUUUACUGUAUUGCUUAAUAAUCAGUUGCUUCAUUUAAAACAACAAUAGCAACAACAUUUCUGUUAGGUAUUUAGAAAAACUAAAGAUUUA